AUGAACGGCGUCACGCCGAAACCCGAGGACACGGUGACUAGCUCAACGUCCACAACUUCAGAUAAACAUCAUGGGAUUACGGUAACCAAAGGCCCGCCGGUGCAUCGACGCAAUUCUUCACAAUGGAUACCUCCAAAUGCACCAAUAUACGAACGGGCACUGGAUCUGACAAAUUUGGUGGCUUCGAAAGGCUUCUGGAAGGGACGGGUGAAAAGUCGACCGUAAGUCUUACUGUAGUUACUGUAGGGGUAGAUGGUAGUGUAAAAUACGGGGAUUGGUUUUUCGUGUUGUAAAGUAAGCUAUUUAGUGUUUUGGACAAGGGUUCUAGCAAUUUAAACUCAUUUGCAAGUUAUUUAUUGCAAAUUCACGUUUUCGUGGUGGGACACAAAAUAUAUUUAAAAUUUUAAUUUUUUUACAAAUUAUAAGUAAAAUACGUCGUAUACCUCUGUGAAAGUUUUUAUUAUUUUUUGUUAUUAAGUGCCAUUUCUAAUCAAUAAAACUAUUACAUUUUAUUCUCAUUUGGGUCCCACCACGAAAACUAUUUUCUUGGCAUUCCGUUAUUUAUUUAAAAAAAUAUUUUAGUGACCGAAUAAUCGAACCAAAUUGGCUAACUCCACAUAUACCACGAUAUCAUUUAAAUAAUUUCAAAAGAUAUGCCGACAAUAAGAUCCGGACCUCCAAAUACACAUGGUUAACAUUCUUGCCCAAGAAUUUGUGGGAACAGUUCCAUCGAUGGGCCAAUAUCUACUUUAUUAUCAUUAUGUGUAAGGUUUUUACUAUCUUUUGCGGAGAUUUGGUUUGGAUUUGUUGAGUUAGGCAAAAGUUAUGAGCAAAAGUUUGGGGCUAUACCUAUAUAAAUGGUAAAAUUGGUACGGAUAAGAUAACUUUAGUCGUAGAAAGUUGUAGUUUGGUCAAAGUUAGUUAAAUUUGGUAUUAUUUUGUAGAGAAAUGUUUAUUCUACUUAUGACGUGUUAAUUUAGAUAUAUCUGGACAUUUACAAAAAAGUUAUAGUGAAAAAAUUCAGGUCAAUAGCUAAAAAAUCGAAAAAAAUUGAUAUGGGUAACAUAAUAUUCUUCGCAGAAAGCUGAAACUUGAUCAAAUAUGUUCAAAUUUCAUAUUAUUAUGUAGAGGACUGUCUGAUCAACUAAACUGAUAUGUUUUAGCUAUGAACUGGGUGCCACAACUACAGGCUUUCAGCAAGUACCUCGGCAUGAUACCUGUUUGUGCGGUCUUAUCCAUGACGGCCAUAAAGGACUUUUUGGAAGAUUGGAGGAGGAAACGAGCUGAUAAACGGUUGAAUCAUAAUACAGUUCAUGUUUGGGACAAGUGAGAGUUUAAUUUUGAGAUGUUUAGAUUGGUUUUGUCAAUUUUUCGGGUUUUUUGUUAGAAAAUGUUGAAAAAUAUUGUUUUUGAGUAAAUUUUUGCGAAGAAAAUCGGUUUUAACCAGUUUUAAUCUGAAUAUUCGCUUGUUUUAGCGUGAAAAAACGAUUCCGUCGAACCUUAUGGGAGCUGGUGAUAGUAGGAGACUAUGUUCACAUCUCCAGCGAUGAAACCAUACCAGCUGAUAUUGUUUUAAUCCGAUCGGCCGAUCCACAAGGCUGCGCUUUCGUGGAAACUUCGAACCUGGACGGCGAAAACAAUUUGAAACAGAAGGUUGUGCCACAAAAGUUCAAGAACCUAUGUCUUAUGGAUUCGUUCGAUCCAUCUGAUGUUUAUCUGCAGAUCACGGUGAAUCCACCUGAUAACAGGAUGAAUCAUAUCAAUGGGAGGAUUGAUUAUGGCAAUGGAGAGAAUGAGAAGAUAACAAAGGAAAAUGUGGUUUUAAGGGGAUGUCAGCUGAAGAACACCAGUUUUGCUGAGGGCAUUGUCAUUUAUACUGGUAAGUAAGGAGUGUUUUAAAAAACUUUUGGCGCGAAAUUCAAAAACCACUUUUUAAGUGGGAGAGUUUUUUGUUUUUUUUGGAGGGGAGGGGGGGAAGGGUAGGGGAUUAAUAUCGUUUUAUAUUUUGAUUCUAUAUAAUACUAACAACCUAUAGAUCAAUUUUUAGCCAAUUUGGCACUUUAAAAAUUGAAAAAAUUGAAUUUUACUUUUUGGCGGGAAAAAUCAAAAUUCAAAUUUUAAAAAGUGCAAAUUGUGAACUAAAAAUUAGACACAUUUGAAAUUCCUGGUUUGAGAAGGCUAUAAACUAAAUUUGAAAUGAUUUCGGCCAUUAGAAACCGAUAAAAUUAAUUUUUAAUUUUUGGCGCGAAAAUCAAAAUUCAAAUUUUAAAAGUGCAAGAUUGGUGCUAAAGUUUUGCAUUCUGAAUUUUGAUUGUAUAGUUACGUUGAAUUUAAAAUUUGAGUGAAUUUGGAGUGUUGUCGAAAAAAUUAAUUCAGCUCUGGUUAAUAUGUAAUAUGGUCAUUUUUAUGUCGAUAAACAUGGUUUAUAUGACAUUUUUAAUAACUUGUAGUUGAAAACGGAUAAAAUGAGUUGUGUAGACACUGAAAAAUUAAAACACAUCAAUAUAUUUUGUCACUUUCAGGCUGUGAGACCAAGUUAAUGUUGUCCAAUGGGCCAGUUCGCUAUAAACGAAGCUCCAUCGAACAGAUGACAAACUACUUUAUCCUCUUCUGUGUCAUAUUAUUAAUCAUCAUGGUUGUCGGGUGUGGAAUAUGCUCCAUUUUCUGGUUGAUUUCCGUUGAUGCUCAUGACAAAAACAUUCCAUUCGUGGUGCUUUUCACCGACUCGGCCAUCAAUGACGGGUUGAUCAAUAUGGCUGCUAAUAUACUGGUUUAUCAGGUAUGUUAUUAGUAAAUUCUAAUAGGGAAAUAUGAGAGAGAACGAUGACAAUGGUAUUUUUUUGUAAAAUACGUAAUAUCGGUGUGUAUUUAAGAUGAAAAGUAGUAAAAAUGAAAAAAAAUCAAUAAUUUUUGUGACAUUUCGUCCAAAUUUCCAAUCUUUUUUUGUGACAUUUUGUUAAAUUUUUGAACUACGGUUAGUUUUAACUAUUACAGUGCUAUCUAGUGUUCAGAAAAGCGUUUUUAAAGGUUUUAAGACAUUUUAGAAAUUCCAAUAAUUUGUGACACUUCGUCCAAAUUUUCAAUAUUUUUUUUGACAUUUCGUUGAAAGUUAAAAAUUAGCUUUAGUGAGUCAAAUAGAUAUUAAAUAUGCGUUUUCAACUUAUAUUUGGAUCAAGUACGGACUGAAAAUUUUUUUGUGAUAUUUUGUUCAUAUUUCCAAUAAUUUUUGUGGCAUCUUGCCGCAUUUGCAAAAUUUUGUUUUCAGCUAAAACUAAGCUUAAAAAUGUAAUUUGGACGAUAUAAUAUAUGUUUUUAACUCCUUUCAUCGUAUUUUACCUACUUGUCAACGUAUAAUAGUUUACCUACUUCAAUAUACUAAACAAAGCCAUUUCCAGACCCUAAUCCCCUUAUCUCUGUACAUAUCAAUUGAAAUCAUAAAACUCGGCCAGAACUACCUGAUGACACAAGACUUGGACAUGUAUGACGAGGAAAGAGACAAAAAGUUACUGUGUCGAUCGUUGAACAUACCCGAGGAGCUGGGUCAAGUCAAAUAUAUAUUGUCGGACAAAACUGGCACCUUGACCGAAAAUAAAAUGGUUUUUAAGUAAGAAGGGGUUGAAAGGCGAGGACUUUCUUUACAAAGCUUAAAAUUGCAAGAACUUUCUUUACAAGGCACAAAAUGACAAGAACUUUCUUUACAAAACAAAAAAUAGCAAAGACUUUGUUUACAAACGAUAAAAUGGCAAGAACUUUCUUUACAAAACGUAAAAUGGCAAGAACUUUCUUUCCAAAACUUUAAAUGGCAAGAACUUUCUUUACAAAACAAAAUAGCAAGAAUUUUCUUUACAUGCCUUAAAAUGGCAAGAACUUUCUUUACAAAACACAAAAUGGCAAGAACUUUCUUUACUAAACUUAAAAUUUCAAUUUUUUUCAAAAUUUUGAAAUUUUCAGAAGCUGCACGAUAGACGGUGAGAUUCACGAAGCUGAGAACGCUCGCCGCCGUACCAGAACGUUCUCAUUGGUGGAAGACGAAAAGAUUGAAAUUUCACCAGCUUUGAAACGUGAUCUACACACAUCACUCGAGAAGGAUGACAAGUUUUACAUGAUGAUGAACAUGGCCGUAUGUAAUACGGUGAUGGUAAGAAGAAGACAACAAUUGGAUGACGUGGAGUUGGGAUACUUUGAGAAUAAUAUUUAUAACGUCGGAAACAGCGCUUUCUAUGUUCCAAUUGAGACAAUUCCAGCUGGACUGACUCCGACUGCGUAAGUUGCUUUGGUUUUGCUAUUCUAUCUCACAAGGAAAGUACCCGACCUGAUUGGUUUUACACUGUUUAUAUUGAAAGAUCAUAUAAAUAUAACACCGUCAGCAAAAUACUAAAUCGCGCUUUCCAGCCAAUCUCGAGAAAAUCGAGACCAAAAAAUGGCAUUUUGAAUUUCCCGCCAACUUGGCAUUGUGUUUCAAGCUUGUAACUUUGUCAUUUUUUGUCUUUUAAUUUGAUAUACUAGUAGAAUACCUUUAAAUGAACCUAUAUUUUUAAAUUUGUAAGCGUAGCUUGGCUGGAAAGCCGAAAGAAGUGCUUGAAAUACAAUGCCAAAUUUGCCAAAUUGGCGGGAAACCCAAAUAAGUUAAAUUUAAAACUUAAAAGCGCGAGCUAAAAUUUUUUAUGGGUACUAUUGGUGGUACAAGGAAUUCAUACAAAAAUUUUGAGCUGAUUCUGAGCGAGGCUGGUAGGGUACUUUCCUUGUUAAUUAAGUUUAUAUGCACUAGCCUUAUUGUACCUCUACGUAAGCCUUUGCUUCAGCUUUGACUUUUGACCACCAUAGCUCUACACUGGUCUUAUUCUGUAGCUUUAAUCAAGCUGUACUAUUGUCCUAAUCUGGCCUUACUCUUGCUUACCUCUAGCCUCUACUUUUGCUCUUACUUUAGCUUUUGAUCUAACUUUAACUAUAUCUUUAUUUGAGGUAACUAUAUCUUUAUUUGAGGCUCACCUUACUUUAUAUUAGUAUAAUAUUGUGCUAAAUUUCAGAGAGAUCAUUCCACAAAUAAACAAUCUAAUUCUACGACAAUUUGCUUUCAGUCCAACCGAUUUGCUGAAGAGAUUUGGGAGCUUAACAUCUCUGUCGAAGUAAGUCAAGUUUUAGCUUUACCUUACUUGUCUUUGUACUAAAAUUUGAAAAAAAAAUUUUUCAAUGUAAUUUUUGAAAAUUUUUAAAAAAUUUAAAAUUUUGAAAAUUUUUGAAAUUUAAAAUUUUUGAAAUUUAAAUUUUUCGAAUUUGUAAAAAUAUUUCAGAAUUUUUACAAAAAGAGAGACGAUUCUCCGUCGCUUAACCCAAAAAUCAGAUGAACGAAACUACGAUGCGGAAAGCCCAGACGAAUUGGCGUUAGUCAAAGCAGCCGACGCCUACGGCUUCACCCUGGUCAGUAGAAGCGCGACGGACAUUCGGCUAGCCAUCCCAACCACCAACGACGCCAAUGAAUACACACAAUCAGAAGUCGAGGUCAAGGUCAUCAAGAUUCUGAAUUUCGACUCAAAUCGAAAAAGAAUGUCCAUCGUGGUACGAUACGACGGUAAACUACUCCUACUGACCAAAGGCGCAGACGAACAAGUUUUUCCGAAGCUAGCCGACGAUGAAUCCGAGGAAUUCCGAAGUUUGGUCGAUGAAACAAGGCGGAUUCUGGAAGAAUACGGUCGAUUUGGGCUGAGAACGUUGGUAAUGGCAAUGAAAGAGUUGGAUGAAGAAGAGUUUGAAGACUGGCUAGCCACACGAGAAUUUGUAGAAUCCAUCGACGACGAUGAAUCUGAAGCCUUGCUUUCAGAAUCCUCAGCCCAACUUGAAGUAGGCCUUCACCUUCUCGGCGUAACGGCUAUUGAAGACCGGCUACAGAACGGUGUGACAGACACAAUCUCAGCACUAAGGCACGCUGGGAUUCAGAUAUGGGUAUUGACUGGUGACAAGUGCGAAACGGCUGUUAACAUAGCCAAGAGCUGCCACUUAUUCAACAAAAAGUGCAAAAUCAUAGUGUUUAGAGAGUUGAAGGACCUGGUUGAUUUCGAUGAGGAAAAGCGAAUCAACGCCGUCUUUUCGAGCGAAGUCGUGAGGUUGAUCAAGGAAGGGAACGAUGAUGCCUUUAGGGUCAUUGAAAGGUAAUUUUUCGUUGAUUAUGGCAAGUAAAAUGAAUGAAAUGCUGUUUUUGGUCGAUUUUUCGACUGGAAAGAAAGUUCUUGCGGUUUUAAAAAAAUUUGAAGUUUUGAAUUGUUUUGUCAUUUAUUAUGCUAUUCCAGCUUAAAAUUGAUGACUAAGUGCAUUGUAAGUCGAGUUUUGCCUGGAAACAAAGUUCUUGCGGUUUUGAAAAUUUUUUGAAAUUUUGGUUUUUUUGUUAUUUUCUAUCUCAUACCUACCUAAAAUUGAUGACUAAGCGCAUUUUAAGUCGAUUUUUGCCUGGAAACAAAGUUCUUGCGGUUUUUGAAAAAAUUGAAAUUUUGAAUUGUUUUGUCAUUUAUUAUGCCAGGCUAGCCUAAAAUUGAUGACCAAGCUUAUUUUAAGUCUACUUUCUCCCUGGAAACAAAGUUCUUGCGGUUUUAAAAAAUUUUUAAAAUUUCACAAAUUCAUUUCAUUUUCAGAUGCGAAGCCAUCGUAUGUUACCGUAUGACACCGGCGGAGAAGGCGGACGUAGUAAACGCAGUAAAAACCCGCCUCAAAGGCAAGACUUUGGCCAUUGGGGAUGGGGCCAACGAUGUGCCAAUGAUUCUAGGAGCCGACGUUGGAAUCGGAAUCUCCGGUCACGAAGGGCUACAGGCUGUGAUGGCGUCGGAUUUCGCAAUUUCGAAGUUUCGGUUCUUGAAAAAGCUACUCCUGGUACAUGGCCAUUGGAACUACUAUCGCCUGGCCAAUGCCAUCAUGUACUUUUUGGAGAAAAAUGCGGUUUUUGUGUUUGUCAUCUUCUGGGGACAAAUCUUCAUGGGAUUCAGCUCCGGCUUCUUCAUUGACCCGAUUUAUUCAAUGCUUUAUCCCAUAUUGUUCACAAGGUAAGGAUGGGUGGGUUAAGGGGUUUUUGGGUGGGUAGGGUCCAUUUUUUGGAGGGGUAGGGUCCUAAAGCUGGGCUCGAGGGGGGGGGGUACUCCCCGCAGAAAAAAUUUUUUUGGAAAAAGUAGAACGUGGUCCCCCCUGUGGAUUUCUGGAAAAAAAUUUUCAGUUUCCGCUCUUAGACCAAAAGUGGCCGUCUGGCUUUGGGUUGGUAGUACUAACGGUACGAGUAGAGAUAGUACUUUAUGGUACGAAUAGAGGUAGGGGUACGGAUGCUGUGGGUCAGAUGUAAGUAUAUAUAGCUUGUUGCAGUAAAGGUAAAGUUAGUAGUAAGGGUAAAGGUAUGGGUAGAGUAGGGCAGGAGUAUAGGGGGGGGGGUAGAGGUAUGGGUAGGGACAAGGGUAGGCGUAGGAGUUAGGGGUAGGUAUGGGUAGGGACAAGGGCAGGAGUUAGGGGUAGUAAUAGAGGUGUGGGUACGGAAACAAAACACAAUGGAAAGAACUUUCUUUACAAAGCAAACAUUGGCAAGAACUUUCUUUACAGAACAUGAAAUGGCAAGAACUUUCUUUAAAAAACGUAUAAUGGCAAAAACUUUCUUUACAAAGCAUAAAAUGGCAAAAACUUUUUUUACAAAACGAAAAAUGGCAAGAACUUUCUUUACAAAACGUAAAAUGGCAAGAACUUUCUUUAUGUAAAAAACUUGAAAAGUGGUUUAUCCACCUCCUAUUACUUUUUUUUCUGCCUUACUAUAAAAUAUACCUGAUUUCAGUGUCCAACCCAUAGUCUACAGCAUUUUCGACCAGGAUUUAUCGAAAGAAGUCCUACUAAAAUACCCGAAAUUGUACGAAACUGGCCGAGAAGCGACCUUGUGCACGUACAGAAACUUUGGGCUAAGCAUGUUGGAUGCUAUAUAUCAGUCGGCCGUCUUGUUCUUCAUACCUUUUUUGGUGUGUUUCGUAUGGUAGUAUAGUUUCAUUCACGUGGUAUUAUAGUUCUAACGUUUUUUCAAGAAAAAACUUUUUGACGCGAAGGUUUUAAUUUGAAUUUUUGAGUGUAAUUUUUCGCUUUUUUUAGGCCUAAAUAAUGCUUUUUAUGCGAAAAUUUUAUUUUUCACAAAACUUUAUGAUAAUUCUAAACCUGUUUUUACAUUUGAAACGUUAUGCCAAGAAAAUUUUUUUUGGCGCGGAAUUUUAAAUUUGAAAAUUGAUCUAAGGUUUAUGUUGACUUUGACCUUAAAUUAUGAUUGUUGUGCUUUAGUUUGAUUACAGGAUAAAAAUUAUGAUAGAUAUUUGCCUGUUUUACACUUGAAACAUUAUGCCAAGAAAAAAAUGUUUGGCGCGAAAUUUUAGGUUUAAAAAUUUAAAUGUUGGUCGACUUAUUUUAGGCUUAAAUCCUGCUUUUUCUAAGUUUUUCAGUUUAAAAAUGAAUAUUACAGUUCUGCAUCUGUUAAUUUAUACAUUUUUAUACAUUAUUUCAUAUAUAAAUGUCAUUUUCAGUGCGUCCUGUCAUCGGACAUUCGCUAUUGGCAGUUCUCCUUUGUCCUCUCUACAUCAAUGUUCCUGGUUAAUAGUGUUCACUUGGCCAUAUUAAUACGAAGAUGGACCUUCCCAUUACUUAUAGUGCAAUUGAUGUUUAUUGGCGUGCAUUUCAGCUUCUUUGUCGUCUAUACCUACUUUGUGAAUUCGUCGCUGAACACCAAAGACCCGCCUCUAUUAGUGGCAUGGACAAUGUUAGCUCAAUUCCAGUUUUGGUCGAUUGUUCUACUGACUGUUAUUGUGGCUGUGUUACCGCGGUAAGGGAUUGGGAAGGGUUGUAAAGCUUAAAAAUGGAAAGGACUUUGUUUACAAAACACAAAAUGGCAAUAACUUUCUUUACAAAACAUAAAAUGGCAAGAACUUCCUUUACAAUAGGAAAAAUGGCAAGAACUUUGUUUACAAAACAUAAAAUAGCAAGAACUUUCUUUACAAUAUUACUGUUUUUCAGGUUUGUCAUAACAAUAGUCCAAACCCAGUUCUGGCCCGAUCCACACGAGAUCACGCUGCGCCAGGAACGCCACCUGCCUAUUCCAAUUCACAUCGACUCCAACGUGCAAUCCAAAUCCGAACAUUCCUAA